GCAUUUUAUAACUUAUAGCUCUUUUAUGGUUGGUUCUUUUCAGCCUCCACAAGGGAAUUCAUGGCUAGGGCACCCCUUUGCUGCGGGCAUCACCUUAGCCAAGCUCGCAGCUGUUACAAUGGAUGAAGAAAAUGAGACCUUUGACACAAGUGGCGCUUUGGAUAAACUGCGUAAGUCGUUGCAGCUUGAAAGGCUUGCUCUGUAUCAUGAUUCUAAUAGCUUUCCCUGGGAAAUAGAGAAGCAAUGGGACAAUAUUACUCCUGAGGAAUGGGUUGAGAUGUUUGAAGAUGGCAUAAAGGAGCAGACCGAGCAUAAAAUAAAGUCAAAAUGGGCCUUGAAUCGUCACUAUCUAUUGUCCCCUAUCAAUGGAUCUCUUAAGUAUCACCGGUUAGGAAAUCAGGAGAGAAAUAAUUCCGGAGAUUCCAUUGAAAGGGCAUCAGUUAUCCUUAAGGAUGUUACCAGUCAUCAGAUGCUAAUUACCCCAGAGAUGAGAGAAAUCGAAAAGGACCUUGAUUCCAAAGUGAUUCUCUUGUGGAGGUUGCUUGCACAUGCAAAGGUAGAAUCUGUAAAGUCAAAAGAAGCAGCUGAGCAGAGAAAGCUGAAAAAGGGUGGUUGGUUCUCAUUCCAAUGGCGGACAGAAGCUAAAGAUAACCCUGAGGUAGAUAGUGUGGCUGACGGAUCAAAAUUGAUGGAGGAAGGAUUGACUACAGAUGAAUGGAAGGCCAUAAAUAAGUUACUGAGUCAUCAGCCAGAUGAAGAGAUGAAUUUGUAUUCAGGAAAAGACAUGCAGAAUAUGACUCACUUUCUUGUAACGGUAUCAAUUGGUCAAGGUGCGGCUAGGAUUGUUGAUAUAAAUCAGACUGAGGUGCUGUGUGGUAGGUUUGAGCAGCUCGAUGUCACGACCAAGUUCAAAUAUCGAAGUAGUCAGUGUGAUGUAUCACUGAGGUUCUAUGGGUUAUCUGCACCAGAAGGUUCACUAGCGCAGAGUGUAUCCAGUGAGAGAAAGACAAAUGCCUUGAUGGCUAGUUUUGUGAACGCACCAAUUGGAGAGAACAUUGAUUGGAGGCUAUCAGCCACGAUAUCCCCUUGUCAUGCUACGAUCUGGACUGAAAGUUAUGAUCGUGUAUUAGAGUUUGUGAAGCGAAGUAAUGCAGUUAGCCCUACUGUUGCACUGGAAACUGCUGCUGUGCUUCAGAUGAAACUAGAGGAAGUGACUCGACGGGCUCAAGAGCAACUUCAAAUAGUGUUGGAGGAACAAAGCAGAUUUGCUCUCGACAUUGAUCUUGAUGCUCCAAAGGUGAGAAUUCCUUUGAGGGCUUCAGGAUCGUCCAAGUGCAGUAGCCAUUUCCUCUUGGAUUUUGGUAAUUUUACGUUAACCACCAUGGAUACUCGGUCUGAGGAGCAAAGGCAAAAACUUAUAUUCCCGACAAUUCUGUCUCCCAUUCUAGAGAAAGCGGACAACGUUUAUUCCCUUAUUGAUAGGUGUGGAAUGGCAGUUAUUGUUGAUCAGAUCAAAGUACCUCACCCAAGUUACCCCUCCACUAGAAUUUCGAUCCAAGUGCCAAAUAUUGGUGUUCAUUUCUCUCCAACAAGAUAUAUGAGGAUCAUGCAAUUGUUCGACAUCUUGUAUGGUGCUAUGAAAACUUACAGUCAAGCUCCUGUUGAUCACAUGCCAGAUGGAAUCCAACCUUGGAGUCCUGCAGAUCUGGCUAGUGAUGCUAGAAUCUUAGUUUGGAAGGGAAUUGGCAACUCUGUUGCUACUUGGCAAUCUUGUCGCCUUGUUCUAUCUGGUUUAUAUCUGUAUACAUUUGAAUCAGAGAAGUCACUUGACUAUCAACGUUAUUUAUGCAUGGCUGGUAGGCAAGUAUUCGAGGUUCCACCCGCAAAUGUUGGUGGUUCCCCAUACUGUCUUGCUGUCGGUACAAGGGGAACAGAUCUUAAAAAGGCCCUGGAAUCUUCUAGCACCUGGAUCAUAGAAUUUCAGGGGGAGGAGAAGGCAGCUUGGCUGAGAGGACUGGUCCAAGCCACCUAUCAAGCUUCUGCUCCUUUGUCGGGGGAUGUACUUGGUCAAACGAGUGAUGGUGAUGGUGACUUCCAUGAACCUCAGACCAGGAAUAUGAAAGCUGCUGAUCUUGUUAUUACUGGUGCUUUGGUUGAGACGAAGUUGUACUUGUAUGGAAAGAUCAAGGAUGAAUGUGAUGAGCAGGUUGAAGAGGUUCUGCUUCUUAAAGUUCUUGCUUCCGGAGGAAAGGUGCACGUGAUAAGUUCCGAGAGUGGCUUAACUGUUAGGACAAAGUUGCACUCUCUGAAAAUCAAAGAUGAACUCCAGCAGCAGCAGACAGGAAGUGCUCAAUAUUUGGCUUACUCGGUCCUGAAGAACGAAGACAUACAAGACUCAUUAGGAACAUGUGAUUCUUUCGACAAGGAGAUGCCUGUAGGACAUGCAGAUGAUGAAGAUGCCUACACAGAUGCUUUGCCAGAGUUUCUGUCACCUACAGAACCAGGUACUCCGGAUAUGGAUAUGAUUCAAUGCAGCAUGAUGAUGGACUCCGAUGAACAUGUGGGACUCCAGGAUACUGAAGGAGUAUUUCAUGAAAAAGAUACAUCUCAGGGAAAAGGUCUUUGCGAUGAGGUAUUUUAUGAGGUGCAGGGUGGUGAAUUUUCUGAUUUUGUGUCAGUUGUUUUCUUGACAAGGAGCUCCAGUUCCCACGAUUAUAAUGGAAUUGACACACAGAUGAGCAUUCGCAUGUCAAAACUGGAGUUCUUUUGUAGCAGACCAACUGUUGUUGCUCUAAUUGGUUUUGGAUUUGACUUGAGCACUGCAUCAUAUAUCGAAAAUGAUAAAGACGCCAACACUUCGGUACCUGAGAAAUCUGAUAGUGAGAAAGAAACAAAUGACGAAAGUGGACGCAUUGAAGGCUUACUUGGAUAUGGCAAGGAUCGUGUAGUGUUUUACCUGAACAUGAAUGUUGAUAAUGUGACUGUGUUUCUCAACAAGGAGGAUGGUUCUCAGCUUGCGAUGUUUGUGCAGGAACGAUUUGUGUUGGACAUUAAGGUUCACCCGAGCUCUCUUUCAAUAGAAGGGACUCUUGGAAAUUUUAAACUCUGUGACAAGUCGUUAGACUCUGGAAACUGUUGGAGUUGGCUCUGUGACAUACGUGAUCCUGGUGUUGAGUCUCUUAUCAAGUUCAAAUUCAGUUCAUACAGUGCUGGAGACGACGACUAUGAAGGUUAUGAUUAUAGCUUAUCUGGUAAACUAUCGGCUGUUCGCAUUGUAUUCCUCUACAGAUUUGUUCAAGAGGUUACAGCAUAUUUCAUGGGACUUGCUACUCCUCAUUCCGAAGAAGUCAUUAAACUUGUUGACAAAGUUGGAGGCUUUGAAGAUUCUCUGAGCAAGGAUUACAUUCAACUUGACCUUGGUCAGCUGGAGGUAUCAAAUGAAAUAAGUUGGCAUGGGGGUCCGGAGAAAGAUCACAAUGCUGUACGUGUAGAUGUUCUUCAUGCGAAGAUUCUUGGACUAAAUAUGUCAGUAGGCAUAAAUGGUUCAAUUGGUAAACCAAUGAUACGUGAAGGCCAAGGAUUGGACAUCUUUGUCCGGCGCAGCCUAAGAGAUGUUUUUCAGAAAGUCCCAACACUUUCGGUUGAGGUUAAGAUUGAUUUCUUGCAUGCUGUGAUGUCUGACAAAGAAUAUGAUAUUAUUGUAAGUUGCACAUCCAUGAAUUUGUUUGAGGAGCCAAAGCUACCUCCAGAUUUCCGUGGUAGCAGUUCUGGUCCCAAAGCUAAAAUGCGUCUACUGGCUGACAAAGUCAACUUGAAUAGUCAGAUGAUAAUGUCACGUACAGUUACCAUACUGGCUGUUGAUAUCAAUUAUGCUCUUCUCGAGUUACGUAAUAGUGUUAAUGAAGAGUCACCAUUAGCUCAUGUUGCGCUUGAAGGAUUAUGGGUAUCCUACAGGAUGACAUCACUAUCUGAGACAGAUUUGUAUGUGUCAGUUCCUAAAGUUUCAGUUCUUGAUAUCCGCCCUAACACAAAGCCUGAAAUGCGACUGAUGCUCGGCUCAUCGGUCGAUGCUUCCAAGCAAGCUUCUUCUGAAUCUUUUCCCUUUUCCCUUAAUAAGGGCAGCUUUAAGCGAGCCAACUCUAGGGCUGUUCUUGAUUUUGAUGCACCAUGUUCCACGAUGUUGCUGAUGGAUUAUAGAUGGCGAGCAUCCUCUCAGUCAUGUGUUUUGCGGGUGCAACAACCUCGUAUCCUUGCUGUUCCUGACUUCCUUCUUGCGGUUGGUGAAUUUUUUGUUCCAGCUUUGCGUGCAAUAACAGGAAGAGAUGAAACAUUAGAUCCAACAAAUGAUCCAAUCACCAGAAGUAGUGGCAUAGUUCUCUCUGAGCCUCUCUAUAAACAGACAGAAGAUGUCGUGCACUUGUCCCCAUGUAGACAGUUAUUAGCAGAUUCACUGGGCAUUGAUGAGUAUACCUAUGACGGAUGCGGAAAGGUAAUCUCGUUGAGUGAGCAAGGAGAGAAGGAUUUAAACUUAGGAAGAUUAGAACCCAUCAUAAUCGUUGGGCAUGGAAAGAAGUUGCGCUUCGUCAAUGUGAAAAUUAAGAAUGGAUCCCUUCUGAGCAAGUGCAUUUACUUGAGUAACGAUAGUAGCUGUUUAUUUUCUCCGGAAGAUGGUGUUGACAUCUCAAUGUUAGAAAAUGCCUCAUCUAAUCCGGAGAAUGUGCUUAGCAAUGCGCACAAAUCAUCAGAUGUUGCAGACACUUGUCAAUAUGAUUCGAAGUCUGGUCAGAGUUUUACCUUUGAAGCUCAGAUUGUUUCUCCUGAGUUCACGUUCUUUGAUGGUACAAAAUCAUCUCUGGAUGACUCCUCUGCUGUAGAAAAGCUUUUGCGAGUGAAAUUGGAUUUUAAUUUUAUGUAUGCUUCAAAAGAAAAUGACAUCUGGGUUCGAGCCUUGCUAAAGAACCUGGUUGUUGAAACUGGUUCUGGUCUUAUCAUUCUUGAUCCAGUCGAUAUCUCUGGGGGAUACACUUCUGUCAAAGAGAAAACAAAUAUGUCCUUAACCUCCACUGACAUAUACAUGCACCUUUCUUUGAGUGCUCUUUCUCUCCUACUAAAUCUGCAGAGCCAAGUAACUGGAGCUUUACAGUCUGGAAAUGCUAUUCCUUUAGCUUCAUGCACCAACUUUGACAGGAUUUGGGUUUCACCAAAAGAAAAUGGACCUAGGAACAAUCUCACAAUUUGGAGGCCGCAGGCUCCUUCAAACUAUGUCAUAUUGGGAGACUGUGUGACGUCAAGGGCAAUUCCUCCUACACAAGCUGUAAUGGCAGUAAGUAAUACAUAUGGGCGUGUGAGGAAGCCGAUAGGGUUUAAUCGUAUUGGCCUGUUCUCUGUUAUUCAAGGUUUAGACGGGGCUAAUGUUCAGCAUUCCCGUGAUAGCAAUGAGUGUUCCCUCUGGAUGCCUGUAGCUCCUGUAGGGUACACUGCUAUGGGUUGUGUUGCAAAUAUAGGAAGUGAGCCACCACCUGAUCACAUUGUUUAUUGUCUAAGGUCUGACCUUGUAUCUUCCAGCAGUUUCUCUGAGUGCAUAUACACCGUUCCCUCCAGUUCAUUAUUGGAAUCUGGAUUCAGCAUUUGGCGUGCUGAUAAUGUUCUUGGAUCAUUCUAUGCUCACACUUCAACUGCAGCUCCUUCCAAAAAAUAUAGCUCUGGCCUCAGUCAUUGUCUUCUUUGGAAUCCCCUUCAGUCGAAGGCAUCUUCAUCCUCUGACCCAUCAUCGACAAGUGGGUCCCGGAGCGAAACAAGUAUUCAGACUGGAAGUUCAUCAGGAUGGGACAUUCUCAGGUCAAUUUCUAAGCCAACUAGUUAUCAUGUUUCAACUCCUAAUUUUGAGAGAAUCUGGUGGGACAAGGGUGGUGAUCUUCGUAGACCUGUUUCAAUAUGGAGGCCUAUUCCACGUCCUGGUUUUGCAAUAUUGGGUGAUAGCAUAAUUGAAGGAUUGGAGCCACCUGCACUGGGAAUACUCUUCAAAGCAGAUGACUCUGACAUUGCUGCAAAACCUUUGCAGUUCAAUAAAGUCGCUCAUAUUGUGGGGAAAGGCUUUGAUGAAGUUUUCUGCUGGAUUCCUGUUGCACCUCCUGGUUAUGUUUCUCUAGGAUGUGUUCUCUCUAAAUUUGAUGAGGCGCCUCAUGUCGAUUCGUUUUGUUGUCCAAGGAUCGAUCUUGUUAACCAGGCCAACAUUUCUGAACCUUUUGUCACGAGAUCUUCAAGUUCAAAGUCUUCUCAAUGCUGGAGCAUUUGGAAAGUUGAUAAUCAGGCAUGUACUUUUAUUGCACGUUCUGAUCAUAAAAGGCCUCCAAGUCGAAUGGCUUUCGCUGUUGGAGAAUCUGUAAAACCGAAGACACAGGAAAAUGUAAAUGCAGAAAUUAAGCUGAGAUGCUUCUCCCUGACACUUCUAGAUGGAUUACAUGGAAUGAUGACUCCUCUCUUUGACACAACUGUCACCAAUAUCAAGCUAGCAACUCAUGGUCGUCCUGAGGCCAUGAAUGCAGUACUCAUUUCCUCAAUUGCUGCUUCAACAUUUAACCCGCAUUUGGAAGCGUGGGAGCCGCUUCUGGAGCCAUUUGAUGGAAUAUUCAAGUUGGAAACAUAUGAUACUGCUCUGAACCAAUCAUCAAGGCCAGGGAAACGGCUGCGAAUUGCUACUACUAACAUUUUGAACAUAAAUGUUAGUGCUGCAAACCUUGAAACUCUUGGCGAUGCCGUUGUUUCAUGGAGAAGGCAAUUAGAACUUGAAGAAAGAGCGGCCAAAAUGAAAGAAGAAUCAGCUGCCUCUCGUGAGAGUGGGGAUCUUUCAGCUUUUUCAGCUCUUGACGAAGAUGAUUUUCAAACCAUUGUGGUAGAGAAUAAACUCGGGCGUGACAUUUAUCUGAAAAAGCUGGAGGAGAACUCAGAUGUAGUUGUGAAAUUGUGUCACGACGAAAACACUUCUGUCUGGGUUCCGCCUCCAAGGUUCUCCAAUAGGUUAAAUGUUGCAGACAGUUCUAGAGAAGCACGCAAUUACAUGACUGUACAGAUUCUUGAGGCUAAGGGUUUGCAUAUCAUUGAUGAUGGUAACAGUCACAAUUUCUUUUGCACCCUACGCCUCGUUGUUGAUAGUCAGGGUGCAGAACCACAAAAGCUUUUUCCUCAAAGUGCUAGGACAAAGUGCGUCAAGCCGUCCAUUACAAUUGUCAACGACUUGAUGGAGUGCACUUCCAAGUGGAAUGAACUUUUUAUUUUUGAAAUUCCGCGGAAGGGAGUUGCCAGAUUGGAGGUUGAGGUAACUAACCUUGCUGCUAAAGCUGGAAAAGGGGAAGUCGUUGGGUCACUUUCGUUUCCUGUUGGUCAUGGUGAAAGUACGCUUCGAAAGGUAGCUUCAGUAAGGAUGCUACAUCAAUCAAGUGAUGCCGAGAAUAUAAGUUCGUAUUCGCUUCAGAGGAAGAAUGCUGAAGAUAAACAUGACAACGGGUGCUUGCUUAUCUCAACAUCUUACUUUGAGAAGACUACAAUCCCCAACACACUAAGAAAUAUGGAAAGUAAGGAUUUUGUUGACGGAGACACUGGUUUCUGGAUUGGAGUUCGCCCUGAUGACUCAUGGCAUAGCAUUCGCUCACUGCUUCCACUCUGUAUUGCUCCAAAAUCACUACAAAAUGAUUUUAUUGCAAUGGAAGUUUCUAUGAGAAAUGGGAGAAAGCACGCAACAUUCAGAUGUUUAGCUACAGUUGUAAAUGAUUCAGAUGUCAAUUUAGAGAUAUCUAUAUCUUCCGAUCAGAAUGUCUCUUCUGGAGUAAGCAAUCAUAAUGCUGUGAUUGCCUCUAGAUCUUCAUAUAUUUUACCAUGGGGAUGUUUAUCAAAGGAUAAUGAACAGUGCCUGCACGUCCGGCCAAAGGCUGAGAACCCUCAUCAUUCUUAUGCAUGGGGUUGUUGCACCGCAGUGAGUUCUGGUUGUGGAAAAGAUCAACCUUUUGUUGAUCAAGGUUUGCUGACUCGGCAGAAUACUGUCAAGCAAAGCAGUAGGGCAUCUGCAUUUUCUUUGAAAUUAAACCAGCUUGAGAAGAAGGAUAUGCUUUUCUGCUGCCAGCCUUCUACUGGGAGUAAGCCAUUAUGGCUCAGUGUAGGAGCAGAUGCGUCAGUUCUUCAUACAGACCUCAAUACACCUGUUUAUGAUUGGAAAAUUUCUAUUAGUUCUCCUUUGAAGCUAGAAAAUAGACUUCCUUGUCCUGUCAAAUUCACAGUGUGGGAAAAGACGAAAGAAGGAACAUAUCUCGAGAGACAACAUGGUGUAGUAUCCUCAAGGAAGAGUGCUCAUGUAUAUUCAGCAGAUAUUCAGAGACCUGUAUAUCUUACGCUAGCUGUCCAUGGCGGUUGGGCUUUGGAAAAGGAUCCUAUUCCUGUUUUAGAUAUAUCUUCAAAUGACAGCGUGUCAUCCUUUUGGUUCGUCCAUCAACAGAGCAAAAGGAGAUUGCGUGUAAGUAUAGAACGCGAUGUGGGAGAAACAGGGGCUGCACCAAAGACUAUAAGGUUCUUUGUCCCAUACUGGAUUACAAAUGAUUCAUAUCUAACUCUAGGCUAUAGAGUGGUGGAGAUUGAACCUUCAGAAAAUGUGGAAGCUGGCUCCCCCUGUCUGACUAGGGCUUCCAAAUCUUUUAAGAAAAAUCCUGUUUUUUCGAUGGAGAGGAGACACCAGAAGAAAAAUGUCCGAGUGCUUGAGGUUAUUGAGGAUACUAGUCCUAUGCCUAGCAUGCUUUCUCCACAAGAAUCAGCUGGCCGGAGUGGCGUUGUGCUGUUCCCGUCUCAGAAGGAUUCUUAUGUCUCCCCACGAAUUGGUAUUGCUGUCGCAGUUCGGGAUUCUGAUAAUUACAGUCCUGGAAUUUCUCUCCUUGAGCUUGAGAAGAAGGAACGCAUAGAUGUAAAGGCAUUCUGCAAAGACGCCUCAUACUACAUGCUCUCGGCAGUAUUAAAUAUGACAUCUGACAGAACAAAGGUUAUUCAUCUCCAACCACACACCUUAUUCAUCAACAGGGUGGGCGUGAGCAUCUGUCUUCAACAGUGCGAUUGUCAGACAGAAGAAUGGAUUAAUCCUUCUGAUCCUCCGAAACUCUUUGGAUGGCAGUCUUCCACCCGGCUUGAGUUGCUGAAAUUACGAGUAAAGGGAUAUAGAUGGAGCACGCCAUUCAGUGUCUUUAGCGAAGGUAUAAUGCGUGUCCCUGUUGCAAAAGAAGAUGGGACUGAUCAAUUGCAGCUAAGAGUACAAGUCAGAAGCGGGACAAAGAACUCACGUUAUGAAGUUAUCUUCAGGCCGAACUCUAUCUCUGGCCCUUACAGGAUCGAGAACCGUUCCAUGUUUCUUCCUAUUCGCUAUCGCCAAGUUGAUGGUGUCAGCGAGUCUUGGCAAUUUCUUCCUCCUAACGCGGCUGCUUCGUUUUAUUGGGAAGAUCUUGGUAGACGACAUCUAUUUGAACUCCUUGUUGAUGGAAACGAUCCUUCUAAUUCAGAAAAGUUCGAUAUUGAUAAGAUAGGUGAUUAUCCACCACGAAGUGAAAAUGGACCUACCAGACCCAUACGAGUUACUAUUUUAAAGGAAGACAAAAAGAAUAUUGUCAGAAUCAGUGACUGGAUGCCAGUAAUUGAGCCUACUUCAAGCAUAAGCAGAAGACUUCCAGCAGCAUCUCUGUCAGAAUUAUCUGGAAAUGAGUCUCAGCAAUCUCAUCUUUUGGCCUCGGAAGAUUCUGAGUUUCAUGUUAUUGUUGAGCUUGCUGAUCUUGGAAUCUCCGUAAUCGAUCAUGCUCCUGAGGAAAUACUGUACAUGUCAGUGCAAAACCUCUUUGUAGCAUAUUCAACCGGCUUGGGCUCUGGACUUAGCAGGUUCAAACUAAGGAUUCAAGGAAUACAAGUUGAUAACCAAUUGCCAUUGGCUCCAAUGCCAGUUUUGUUCAGACCACAGAAAACUGGAGAUAAAGCUGAUUACAUUUUGAAAUUUUCUGUUACUUUGCAAUCAAAUGCUGGCCUCGAUCUCCGUGUCUACCCGUAUAUAGGUUUCCAAGGACGUGAAAAUACUGCCUUUCUGAUAAACAUUCAUGAACCUAUUAUCUGGCGCAUUCAUGAGAUGAUCCAGCAAGCCAACUUGAGUAGACUAUCCGAUUCUAAGUCGACGGCUGUAUCAGUUGAUCCAUUCAUUCAAAUCGGACUUCUUAACAUCUCGGAAGUUAGAUUUAAAGUAUCCAUGGCGAUGUCCCCCAGUCAGAGGCCGAGGGGAGUGCUUGGAUUUUGGUCAUCCCUGAUGACUGCUCUUGGGAAUACAGAAAACAUGCCAGUACGCAUAAGUGAGAGAAUUAAUGAGAACAUAUCCAUGCGCCAAAGUACUAUGAUCAAUAAUGCUAUUAGGAACGUAAAGAAAGACCUCCUUGGUCAGCCUCUUCAGUUGCUCUUAGGUGUUGAUAUUCUUGGCAACGCAAGCAGUGCACUUGGACAUAUGAGUCAAGGCAUAGCUGCAUUAUCAAUGGAUAAGAAAUUCAUCCAAAGUCGACAGAGACAGGAGAACAAAGGUGUUGAGGACUUUGGCGAUAUUAUCAGAGAAGGAGGUGGAGCUCUAGCAAAAGGCCUGUUUAGAGGAGUCACAGGCAUAUUGACAAAGCCUCUCGAAGGUGCAAAGUCUUCUGGUGUCGAAGGCUUUGUCUCCGGGUUUGGGAAAGGAAUCAUUGGUGCUGCUGCCCAGCCUGUGAGCGGAGUUCUGGAUCUUCUGUCAAAGACCACCGAGGGUGCAAAUGCCAUGAGGAUGAAGAUAGCAGCUGCCAUCACCUCAGAUGAACAACUUCUUCGCCGGAGACUUCCAAGAGCUGUUGGUGCUGAUAGCUUGCUUCGUCCUUACAAUGAAUACAGAGCACAGGGGCAGGUCAUAUUGCAGUUGGCAGAAUCUGGAUCAUUCCUGGGCCAGGUUGAUCUGUUUAAAGUACGCGGGAAGUUUGCAUUAACAGAUGCCUACGAAAGUCAUUUCAUCCUACCAAAAGGAAAAGUUCUGAUGAUCACACAUCGAAGAGUGAUAUUGCUACAACAACCCUCCAACAUAAUGGGUCAAAGAAAGUUUAUUCCGGCAAAAGAUGCGUGUUCUAUACAGUGGGAUAUUCUAUGGAAUGAUUUGGUAACCAUGGAACUGACUGACGGGAAAAAAGACCAACCUAACUCUCCACCUUCGCGGCUUAUUCUCUAUCUGAAAGCAAAGCCACAUGACCCGAAGGAACAAUUCCGUGUUGUCAAAUGCAGUCCGAACACCAAGCAGGCCUUUGAUGUUUACUCAGCCAUCGAUCAAGCCAUUAACUUGUACGGGCAGAAUGCUUUAAAGGGAAUGGUGAAAAACAAAGUGACGAGGCCAUAUUCCCCAAUUUCUGAGAGUUCUUGGGCUGAAGGAGCUUCUCAACAAAUGCCAGCUUCAGUUACACCAUCUUCAUCCUUUGGCACUAGCCCUACGACCAGCUCAAGUUAAAGCUUGAAGAAGCUGUCUGAAUCUUUGAGCUCUCUCACCUUCCAAUGUCUCCUCUCGCCUCCCCGGUAAACUCUUCUCCAUUUGCUUUAACAAAGCUUUGCUUUUUUU